CAAUGCCUACCAAUGACGCGUUGAAUACUCAAAUUACUUGAUCGAAGUUGCUAGCUAGCUGUAUGAUGCGUUGGUAAUCUUCAUCUCUAAAAAGUUGAUUUGUUAUUACGAAGGAAAGAGAACAUUGUAUUAAUUUAUUAACAGCUACCACAAACUUGAACUUUUUCUCUUUUAGAAUUUUUUUGUUGUUGUAUUAACUAACGUAAGUUGGCUAACAUUGUUGAAGUGGUACACUGUAGUGGAGGACAUACAACGACGAUGAUAGCCUCUCAUCUUCUAGCUUACUACUUCACGGAGCUACACCAUGACAAAGUUCAACAAGUGGAUAAAUAUCUGUACCACCUUCGGUUAUCCGAUGAGAACCUGAUGGAUGUGUCCGUAAGAUUCCGACGGGAGAUGGACAAGGGUCUGGGCCGUGACUCCAGCCCCACUGCCUCUGUCAAGAUGCUGCCCACAUUUGUUCGCUCCACCCCUGACGGAACAGAGAAGGGAGAUUUCCUGGCUUUAGAUCUGGGUGGAAGCAACUUCCGGGUCCUUCUGGUUAAGGUAUCUGACAACGGCAAGCAAAAGGUGGAGAUGGAGAACCAGAUCUAUGCCAUUCCUGAGGAGCUGAUGAGAGGUUGUGGUUCAGAGUGUCCACAUUCAGACCAUGGAGUUCAAACAACACUUUUUGACCACAUUGCUGAAUGCCUUGCUAACUUCCUGGAGAAAAUGGGAAUAAAGAAUCAGAAGCUUCCUCUUGGCUUCACUUUCUCCUUUCCCUGCCAGCAGAAUAAACUGGAUGAGAGUAUUCUGGUGUCCUGGACCAAGGGCUUCAAGUCACAUGGAGUGGAAGGGAAAGAUGUGGUCAGUCUUCUAAGGAAAGCCAUCAAAAAGAGAGGGGACUUUGACAUUGACAUUGUCGCGGUAAUCAACGAUACAGUGGGCACCAUGAUGACGUGUGGAUAUGAUGACCAUCAUUGUGAAAUAGGCCUCAUUGUUGGCACGGGCACCAAUGCGUGCUAUAUGGAGGAGAUGCGUCAUCUGGAGCUGGUGGAUGGGGACGAGGGCAGGAUGUGUGUCAACACAGAGUGGGGUGCAUUUGGGGAUGAUGGCGCUCUAGAAGACCUCCGUACAGACUUCGACCGGGAAAUCGAUGCUGGCUCUCUCAACCCGGGCAAACAGCUGUUUGAGAAGAUGAUCAGUGGCAUGUACAUGGGGGAGCUGGUGCGUCUGAUCCUUGUGAAGAUGGCCAAGGAGAAGCUGUUGUUUCAGGGUCACACCACCCCGGAUCUUCUUACCACCGGACACUUCCAGACCUGCUUCGUCUCUUCCAUCGAGAUCGACAAGGACAAGGAGGGUCUGGUGAGUGCAGAGAAGGUGCUGAGGGGUCUUGGCCUGGACCCCUCUGGGGAGGACUGCGUGGCCACUCAGAGGGUGUGCCAGGUGGUGUCGACCCGGGCUGCCCACCUGUGCGCUGCCACACUGGCGGCUGUGCUGAGGCAGAUCAGAGACAACAAGGCUGCAGAGAGACUGAGGACGACCGUCGGAGUGGACGGGUCUGUCUACAAGAACCACCCGCAGUUUGCUCGGCGCCUCCACAAGAUGGUCCGGCGUCUUGUGCCAGACUGCGAUGUGCGUUUCCUGCGCUCUGAGGACGGCAGUGGGAAGGGCGCGGCCAUGGUGACAGCUGUUGCCUACAGGCUGGCUACCCAACAUGCCGAGCGGCAGCGAAUCCUGGACGCACUGCGUCUGUCCCGGGAGCAACUAAUGGAGGUGAAGAUUAGGAUGGGAAACGAGAUGAACAGGGGCCUGGCGAAAGAGAGCCAUGACCAGGCCGCCGUCAAGAUGCUCCCCACCUACGUCCGCUCCACCCCCGACGGCACAGAGCGAGGGGACUUCUUGGCUCUGGACCUGGGCGGGACCAACUUCAGAGUUUUGCUGGUCCGCGUGCGAAGCGGGAAGAAACGCAGUGUGGAAAUGCACAACAAGAUCUACACCAUCCCCCAGGAGGCCAUUCAGGGUACUGGAGAGGAGCUGUUUGACCACAUUGUUCACUGCAUCGCUGACUUCCUGGAGUAUAUGGGUAUGAAAGGAGCAUCCUUGCCCCUUGGCUUCACCUUCUCCUUCCCAUGCCAUCAGAACAGACUGGAUCAGGGUAUCCUGCUUAAGUGGACCAAGGGUUUCAAAGCUACUGGCUGCGAGGGGGAGGAUGUUGUCACUCUGCUGAAGGAUGCUAUCCAUCGCAGAGAGGAGUUUGACCUGGACGUAGUUGCUGUGGUGAAUGAUACCGUGGGCACCAUGAUGACCUGUGGCUACGAGGACCCACUGUGUGAGGUGGGACUCAUCGUAGGCACUGGCACCAACGCCUGCUACAUGGAGGAGAUGCAGAAUGUAGAGCUGGUGGAUGGAGAUGAGGGCAGGAUGUGUGUCAACAUGGAGUGGGGGGCGUUCGGGGACCAUGGGGAACUGGAUGACUUCUGCACAGACUUUGACAGAGCUGUGGAUGACCGCUCAACCAACCCUGGCAAACAGAGAUAUGAGAAGAUGAUCAGUGGAAUGUACCUUGGGGAGAUCGUGAGGAACGUACUGCUGGAGUUCACCGCCAAGGGACUGCUGUUCAGAGGCAAACUCUCUGAGAGGCUCAAGACCAGAGGCAUCUUUGAAACCAAGUUCCUCUCCCAGAUCGAAAGUGACCGUCUGGCCCUGAGGCAGGUGCGCUCCAUCCUACAGCACCUGGGUCUGACCAGCUCUACGUGUGAUGACAGUAUCCUGGUGAAGGAGGUGUGCAGCGUGGUGGCUCGCCGCGCUGCCCAGCUCUGUGGUGCCGGCCUGGCCGCUGUGGUCGAUAAGAUCCGGCAGAACCGCAACCUAGACAAACUCAAAAUCACAGUGGGCGUCGAUGGAACGCUCUACAAACUCCACCCUCACUUCUCCAGCAUCAUGCAUGAGACAGUCAGGGACCUGUCACCACUGUGCGAGGUCACUUUCCUCCAGUCAGAAGAUGGCAGUGGGAAGGGGGCGGCUCUUAUCACGGCAGUGGCAUGUCGCAUCCGAGAUGCCGGGCAACACUAAGUGAGGACUUCUAGAGACGGACGGGGACAAGGACUACUUUCCAAAUGGCACCUCAUUUCCUAGUACACUACUUUUGUUUUAUGUUUAAAAGUAGUGGACUAUAUACAGUGGGAUAUAGGAUGGAAUUUGGGACUUGGUCAAGGACAGGGUCACAACAGUGACGGCAUGGGAUGACAAAGGGAUACGAAAAAGAGGAGCACAGGAGAAUACUUUGAGAUCUGCUGUGCCACUUCACACAUUUUUUAUCAAAAUGUGUGAUGUUCCCAACUGCUGGCAUGACUGUUGUUUACUUUUAUAUUAGUGUGUUGUGUGUUUGUGUGCGGGGGAAAAUUGUGUGGUCUGAGUGUUGGGUAUGUGAGUGUUUGUGAGUGUUUGUGUUCUAAGGAGAAAGUGUGUAGCCAGUUUUUGAAAACGUAAUAUUUGCUUUGGCUGCUGAUCCAUCUUUAGUCCACCUGACCCUUGAUCUUGUUUUGCCUGUGUUUUAUUCUGAAUGUUCAAGUCUCUGCUCUCCUGUUCUGAAAGAACAGGCUGCGCUGGUGGAUGGUGCUUGUUCACUAAAGUUAGACCAUAACAGAAUCAAUGUCUACAAGAGCACAAUAAAUACAGCCUUCUGCAGAACAGAACCAAAUAUUAACCAACAGUGCUUUUAUAUUGAUGCUCAGAGAAUGAAUUUUUGAGCAUAUGGUUUUAACGAGCAAAGCCUGUCUGUCUUACAAAGACCAUAAUGGAAAAAAUGCAGUUGUGCAUUUGUAAUACAGUUGUGUAUUGCAGGCUGAUCUUUGUAAUUUUGCAGACAUUUAUUCAGCUCAGAUCUGAGUUUAUUAAAUUAGCACAAUUUGCCAUAGUGUACGAGACAAUGAACAGAAUAAGAUCUUUACAUGCACAGAAGCUUCAGGAAGGUCAGCAUUUCUCAGUCUGGCGGACUAAAGAUCUUGAAAACCUCAGAUCCAAAACAACUUCAUAAAAUAUUUUUACUAUGAAUAUGCCAUUGUCUAUAAACAAGCAUAUUUUCUUAUUGAAAUGUGAUGCUGAGGCACUCAAAUCUUUAGUGGUUAGUGAGAAGGGUGACUGCUGUACUAGGAAUAUAACUACAACUGGGUUCUGACUUUGACUUUAUUUUUUAAUAAACUUAAAUUUGAUCUACUCUUCCAGAAGGGGCAAGUGGGUGUACUUUUCACACCUUUUUAUUGCUUCUAUUGCAACAUACCAGCUCAAUUAUGCAGUUAUUUGGUUUGAUUCUCUCUGAAUGUCCCAUAAUACUAUACUUGUAUGUAUCAAGUCCAUCAAUGUUGAGAACACCUUUAGAACUAACAGUACAUACAUGUAUUCAAGAAAUGUAUUGUUUCAUAAAAUACUUUAAUAACUCUG